UCUUCAUAUUUUUAAUCACUCACGUUUAAGUUAGAGUUAGGUUAUAAUCUCGUCGUAUGCCUGCAUCAUACACUUACUUUUAAGUUUUUAAAAUUAGUUAAUUUUAAGGGAGAAAGUUUUGAGUUUUUUCCUUCUUAAAAGUAAGGGUAAAUAAGUGAAGUAACGAGCGAAAGGCGGGAAGGAGCGCGGCUUGACUCGUGCGUCGCAAAUUCCUGUGAAAGUUAAGACUUAGUGCGGAGCCCGUGGGACGUCAAGGCAGCCGGAGCGAAUCACCGUGAAACGAUUUGUAUCACUGGUUCGUGUGGUGGUUGGUCGCAUUGCAACGUCGUGCGUGUGUAGCAGCGUUGAUGUAUGCGUGAAUUCGAGUGAAAACGCAUCAGCGGGAGCAGCAGGAAAUUUACGGCCUUCAGCUACCUGAGCAGUAGAAGUAAGAGGAGCAGAUAAGCUAGGAUAAUUUCGGAGAAAUCCAUUCAUCAUUUGACAUAAUAGAAGCGGAGAUAUAAACAGCCGGCAUCUUGCUUGGAGCUUCAUACAUCAAGGAGAGUUCGGGGGGGACGGAACGUCACACCACCAACACACACACACGCGCGGCUUGUGGGAAAUUUCAGUUCAGCGCGCUGGCGAGCUGAUCGACAUUCGGAGAUUACAAUUCUUGGAGACGGCGAUAAGACAACACUGUUGUUAGAAGAGCACAUCCGAGCUGCAUAGAGCGCUUUAUCACGCGUGAAGUUUGCCGACGUUCAGUGUCCUCAUUGCCCGCGGCCGCAUUCUAUUUUGUCGCCGUCGUCAUUUUGUAGCGAGUGGUGUGUGAAAACUAUUUUCUUCCCGUUAGUGACAUCCAGUUCGCGGGAAAGCAUACGAUUUAACCAUUGAGGGUAGUGCGUGAUUUGACCAAGUUUUGGCAACAAUUGAAAGCAGCUGGAGCUAGUUUUCCUUUGGAAGUGUGUGCAGGCGCGUGUUCGGAGCCAACGUGUGAUCCGGAGUCGGCUUUUUUUUACUGGAAUCACUUUCCUCGCGCUGCGAUACGCAAGCAUUUUCCGCGAGUGUUAAGCGAAUACUUGGGCUACUUGGCCUGUUUUUACCCUAGAUUUUAAGCGAAAAAAACCGCCAAAAUCACGACGACACAGUAUAAACCCAAACCGAAUAACUUCGCAAUGGAGGAAGACGAGAGGGGAAAAUUGUUUGUUGGCGGCCUAUCGUGGGAAACGACACAGGAAAAUCUAUCGCGACAUUUCUGCCGCUUUGGUGAGAUAAUCGAUUGUGUUGUGAUGAAGAAUAAUGAGACGGGUCGAUCGCGUGGAUUUGGUUUUGUCACGUUCGCCGAUCCGGCCAACGUGAAUCAUGUGCUGCAGAGUGGGCCGCACACGCUCGACGGUCGUACAAUUGACCCGAAGCCGUGCAAUCCCCGCACGUUGCAGAAACCGAAGAAAGGAGGUGGCUACAAGGUGUUUUUGGGCGGGCUGCCCUCAAAUGUGACGGAGACCGAUUUGCGUACGUUCUUUGGACGCUACGGCAAAGUGACGGAAGUGGUCAUCAUGUACGACCAGGAGAAGAAAAAGUCGCGCGGUUUUGGCUUCUUAUCGUUCGAAGAGGAGUCCGCUGUGGAAUGUGUGACGAAUGAGCGAUACAUCAACUUGAACGGCAAACAGGUCGAAAUCAAGAAAGCUGAGCCGCGAGAUGGAUCUGCUGGUGGUAAUUCAGCUGGUGGUGGAAUUGGCGGUGGUUACGGUAAAAUGGGAAAUGAUACGAAUCAAUGGGGACCGCACCACGGUGCCCCAAUGAAUAUGAUGCAAGGACCUAACGGUCAAAUGGGUGGACCACCAAUUAACAUGCCUUUGGGAGCUCCAAACAUGAUGCCAGGAUACCAAGGUUGGGGAACGUCGCCGCAGCAACAGGGCUACGGCUAUGGCAAUAGUGCCCCUGGAUCAUACCAAGGUUGGGGUGCUCCACCAGGGCCCCAAGGUCCACCACCUCAUCAAUGGAGUAAUUAUGGAGGUCCUCAACAGACCCAAGGCUAUGGCGGUUAUGAUAUGUACAACUCUUCUUCGACCGCUGGUCCGAACGGUCCAUCGGGAGGCGGUAAUUGGAAUACGUGGAAUUUGCCACCAAAUUCAGGUCCGGCAGCUGGACCCGGUGCUGGUGGUGGAUCCGCCAACGAUAUGUAUUCGCGCACUCAAACAUGGGGUGCAGGCGGCCCAUCAGCAACUGGUCCAGUUGGCGGCAUUCCACGUACUGGACCUGGAAAUUCCGCUUCCAAAUCUGGAUCGGAGUACGACUACGGCGGUUAUGGUUCAUACGACUACGACUACACCAACUACAGCAAGGAUCAGUCGGCUUCAACUUACGGUGGUGGUCCACGGUCAACAUAUGGCAAUGAUAGUUCAUCCCAGCCACCGUACCCUGCAUCGCAAGCUGUUUAAGAGAAAUUUAUCAUUUUACAUAAAAACGAUAAAUAUACAUAAUUAACGAAACCCUAUAAUUAUAAAAUAUAUAUUAACCCAAUUUAAGAAAACACAAAUAAAUAAGAAAGAAAAAGAAGCAAAUUUUAUCAACAGAAACAAAUCUAUUUAGCUAAUUUAAUUAUAAAAAAAAUAAACAAAUAUAAUACGCAACUUAAAUUUAAUUAUACAAUACACGUAUAGAUACAAAUAAAAUCGAAACAAUAGAAUUUUCAGAGAAUUAAGUUUAAUACACUAUCAGGAUUAGAAAGCAUGUAAAGAUAUAACUUUAGUUUACAUAUGUAUCUUACUAUUACAUUAUUAACAAGAAACACAUACGGAACUGGCAAGAAAACCGAAAAUGCGUAAUCCACACACAUCCAACCAGACCAGACAGUAAGCACUCCUUUCUUAUUUCUAUUUAAAUACAAAACGGGAGUCAUAUUCUAUAUUUAGAUAAAAAUGAGAAAGUGUUGAGAAUAAACCAACCAACCACGACAUAAUUUUUUUUUUUGAUUUGCAUUAUCUUAUUAUUAAUAUAAUUUAAUAAUAUCUUAAUUACUAGAAUUAGCUUCAUACGGUUUUAACAAUAAUUGAAUUAUUAAGGAGAAAAUCAACCCCCACAAAUUUGAACGAGAAUUAGUUAUUUUUUUUGCUAUAAUUUAAUCAUAAACUUAAUACAUUAUUCAAAUAUCGAUCAUAACGAACUACAAGAGGAGGAAAAUACAACAUCCACACAAUAAUUAAGGAGUAUAUGUAUAUGUAAAUUAUAUAUAAUACAGAUUAUGAAGAGGAUAUAUAUAAUAAUUAUUAUUGAUAAUAUUAACAUAUUUACAGAAUAAGAAAUAGAUAACAGAUAACUAUUUUACGGAAUAAGUUCAAAAUUGCCUGACGUAAAUAAUUUAAAUGGAUCAAGGAGGAAAACGUGCUAGGAAACGAGCUCUAGAUUACACCAACUGCAAGGGAAAAACUCAAUACAAACAAGCAUUUAGUUAUAUCUAUUGUGUAUUAAUCUAGAGGAAACAAAGCAACAAGAAAAACAAACAAGUUAAUAAUAAAAUUAUAAUUGAAAUGACUGUUAAUUGUAAAACCAAUUUAUUAUUAUAUAUAUACGAUUCAGAAUGAUGUAAACACACCAAGUUUAACCUUUAAAACAAAAACAAAACAGAAAACAAUCCUCUUUUUAUUAGUAUUUUUUGUGACUUUCACCACCUGAUAUUAAAGGUUUUUAUGUAUGAAAAAAGAUGGAUAAAAUCAAUUCGUGUCCAAAAUUGGUGCAAGUUGUAUAUUUUGUCCAGUUUAGGUUUGGAAAUGGGGGUCGUAGCAAAUUUUAACCAUAUAAAGGUUUUCGGUAUUCUGGUUUUGGGAUGCUUGAUAGAUUUGUUAUUCGAUUGAAAUCGUACUAACAGCACGAUAUCCUUCCGAAUUUGGCUGGUCAUUCAGUUGUUUUCAUUUUUAGCGGAAGCUACUCUAGCGAAAAGAUAAUGCAGUCCCUCAACUCCAAAUUUCGUUACUUUUCAAUUCCCCCCUUUAUGGUUUGGUUGGUUUGUACAGGUUCAUAUGAAACACGGAAUAAUGUGGGGAACUUUCCAUCUCACACUCUUCACUUUUCAAUUUGUUCUAAAUUUUUCGUUCAAUUUGAUUUUCAAAUCGCAAAUUUCGUCUCUACACGAAACGUUAAUAUAAUAUUUAGAUAAAUGAAACAGUACCUUCCUCGUAAUUGUAAUUAUGUGUAAUGCUCUGAUUAUAAGUAAAAAUUACAAAUCAAAUAUACACAAUCCUCCUGGUAAGCGAAAAUAAGGUAAUAUAUUUAUUAAUGAGAGAAAAUAACUAAGAUGGAAUCUAAGCAAAUAGACGAAGGUAAAAUUUGAGCAGUAACAUAAUUGUAAAGUUUAUAUUUUAAAUCGCAAGGUAGUGUAUUCGAUUGUCGCUCAUUUCACCAUGAUCAAGACUUUAGUCGGAUAAUUUUCCUCUUUCUUUCCUCCAAAAUUUUAAACUGAAUUUUCUUCAAGAGAAAAUUUAUGCAACUACACGAGAGAUUCUAAAUUUCAUGGGAAAAUCGUAAAAAUAAGCUCUACAUUAAAUUAAAAUAGAAAAAACAAAGCAACAAACAGCAAAAACUUGUGUUUAAGGCUUAGAAUGUACGGAACCCGAAAAGUGAUCUUUUUUAUUAAAAAAAAAUUUAAAUUUUAAAACAUAGAUUUCUAUUUCGCUAUAAAUUAAGAAAAGCACAUAAGUAGACAACUAAAAUCAAGUCAGAUAUAAAGUUAAACCCAGAGUAAAACUAUUUAAGGCAAUGUUUGUACGUCUGCUAUUUUUUUACGUUGCAGUUUAUAUAUAUUAAAUUUUAGAAGUUUCUUUUUUUUUUUGUAAUUUAAACUAUUUGAAGGUUUUAAAAGUGAAGAUAUUUAAAAUUCAGACUUAAGGAAGAAUUAAACAAAGAAACGUAGAACGGCAAGCCGAGUAAGUGAUAGUGAUACUACAAUGGUUAAAUAACACUUUUUAAUUGUAUCGUAAAGAAAGUUGAAUCGUGAGCUGAUUAACGACAAACUUUUAUUUUGUGUUAGUAUAUAGAGAUAUGGUAGCAAAUAAUUUCGUUUUUAUAUACUAUUUCGUUUCCUUUUGUAUAAAUAGAAAAGUUCACUUCGCUACCUACACCUACUGUUACAUUUUACGGCGUCUACAUUAAUAGUAUCCUAUUUAAUUUUCAUUUAAUUUUUGUCACUUCCUUAGAGUAAUUUUUCGGGUUAAAGAAAGAAAUCAGAUUUAAUAUAUAUCUAAAUAUAUGAAAAGCAGGCUUAAUUUUAAUUAAAUUUAGAACAAAAACGGAAAAAAUUCAAAAAAGUUAACUCUACAAUACAAUUUUUCACUAUUAUAUUACCGACUAGACGAAAAUCAUUAUAAAACCUAAAAUUUAAACUUAGAGAAAUGAAACAGAAAGCUGUGGUUUUUUACAUUAUUAUUAUUAUUAUAAAAAUAAAGUAACAUAGUUUCGCAUUCGUACGUUAGAUCAUAGAGAAGAUAAAAAUAAAGAGAAAUUACUACAGAUUAAAAUUCAGAUGUAAAGCGUCAAACAAGAAACUACCAACUCCUCGUCUGAUUAGAUUUUAGUGCGCUGCUACAUAGUUGCUGUUGUUUUAUCAUUUUUAUUUUUGUUUCUUAUAAAGUACACCCAUAUGUAUAGAAACUGUCUUAUUAAUACGAAUGUCAUCUGCUCGACUACACUAUACAUAUUAUCACUUGAAUGAAAAACACAAUUUUUUGCCUAUUUUCUUUAUUCUUUAAUUCGAAUAGAAGAAAGAGAAAAUAUAAACAAAUUGAGACUAAAAUGUGGCAAUAACAUAUAAUAAUUAUUACGUGUUAACUUGUUUCUAAGCAAAGUUGAAAUUAUUUUUUCUCUUGAUUUUUUUUACAAAUGACAAAGCCAAUUAAAUUUAAAGAAUAUUAUUGCCUUUCAUUUACAUAUAAAAUACAAAAACAAAUAUACAUGCA